AUGGCCGCUCAGUCCAAACUCCUUCCCCCCGAGCGCUCGAUCCGCCAAGCCCUCUCUAGCUUAACAUCUCUGUACCUUCGCCAUCGGGUUGGGAUUACUCGCGCCGCCUACGUGGCCUUUUUCGCGUCCCUAGCCAAGCGCAUCCAUAACGCCAUCUCUGAACAGAAAGCCGCUUCUCGGCACCAGGUGGAAUUACGGAAACGACCAGGCACCAACAGUCUCGACGAUGCAGAGGAGCGACCGCGGAAAAAGGUCGGGGUCAAUCGCGAGUUCUUCCGGAAUCUUCUUCGCUUGCUCAAGAUCGUGAUUCCUGGCUGGCGGAGCAAGGAGUUCCGAUUGUUGAUUGGUCACAGUGUGUUCCUGGUGCUUCGGACGGUUCUCAGUCUAUACGUGGCCGAACUAGAUGGCAGGCUCGUCAGUAAUUUGGUACGGGGACGGGGGAAAGAUUUCCUGCUGGGACUAGUAUGGUGGAUGAUCGUUGCAGUUCCUGCGACUUUCACGAAUUCCAUGCUGUCUUACCACCAAUGCAGACUUGCCCUUAGCUAUCGCAAGCGACUCACGGACCACAUUCAUGACAAAUACCUUACCAACAUGACGUUCUAUGCGAUCUCGGCUUUAGACGACCGAGUCAAGAAUCCCGAUCAACUCAUCACGGUGGACGUGUCUCGAUUCUCCGACAGCCUGGCAGAGCUCUACUCUAAUCUGGCCAAACCCGUUCUCGACAUGGCCAUCUAUAAUUACUCUCUUUCCAAAAGCGUGGGCAGCGAAGGCUUGUUCAUUAUGGGUCUUUUAGUCCAACUGUCGGCCAAUGUCAUGCGUGCACUGACACCCCCGUUCGGCCGAUAUGUGGCUGACGAAGCCCGUCUGGAGGGAGAAUUCCGGUUCCUCCAUUCAAGACUAAUAGACUAUAGCGAGGAGGUAGCCCUCUACCACGGUCAUGAAGCGGAGAAGGACACACUCGACAAGGGCUAUUUCACGCUGAUCAAGCAUGUGAAUCGCAUUCUGCGGAGACGAUUAUACCAUGGCUUCAUGGAGGACUUCGUCAUCAAAUACUUCUGGGGCGCUCUUGGCUUGAUCCUGUGCAGUGUACCCGUUUUCGUCAAAAUCCCCGGCCAAGUCAGCCAGACCAUGGGUGAUCGAACGGAAAGUUUUGUUACAAACAGAAGAAUGCUCCUCUCGUCAUCCGACGCCUUUGGUCGCUUGAUGUUCUCCUACAAAGAAAUCUCCGAACUCGCAGGCCACACAGCCCGCGUCUCAUCCCUCAUGGAGGUCAUGGACGACCUCCUCGCCGGGCGCUUCGAAAAGAAACUCGUCUCGUCCGCCUCUACCGAAGAGAACGCCGCCGUUCUCUCCGGCCGCGGCGCCAUCGAGGAGAGCGACUCCAUCGAAUUCACCGACGUCCCGAUCGUCUCCCCCAACGGCGACGUCCUCGUCCGCAAACUCUCCUUCACCGUCCACCCCGGCGACCACCUUCUCAUCGUCGGCCCCAACGGCUGCGGUAAAUCAUCCCUCUUCCGUAUCCUCGGUGGCCUCUGGCCCGUGUACGGCGGCACCGUCAAGAAGCCCCGGUUCGACGAAAUCUUCUACAUCCCGCAGCGACCGUACCUGUCCCGCGGCACCCUGCGCCAGCAGGUCAUCUACCCGGACGGACUCCGCGAGAUGCGCGCCAAGGGCAUCACGGACGCCGACCUCUACGAGAUCCUCUCCAUCGUCGAAAUCGCCUCGGUCGUUGACCGGCCCGACGGCUGGGACGCCGAGGAGGAAUGGCGCGACGUGCUCUCGGGCGGCCUGCAGCAGCGCAUUGCCAUGGCGCGGCUCUUCUACCACCGGCCCAAAUUCGCCAUCCUCGACGAGUGCACCUCCUCCGUCACCUUGGAGAUCGAACGCGUCAUGUACGAGACUGCCAAGAAGCUCGGCACCACCUUGAUGACCGUCUCCCACCGUCGCAGUCUCUGGAAGUAUCAUCAGAAGAUCCUUCAGUUUGACGGCCAGGGCAGCUAUAUCUUUACCGGACUGGAUUGGGAACGAAGAUUAAAGUUAGAAGAUGAAAAGGAAGAACUGGACCUUCACCUCCGCGCCGUCCCGGAGCUACGGAAACGUGUAACCGAACUAAGUGCUUCCUGA